UCGGUUAGAGUAACUCGUAUACGCGUAAAAUGUCAAAAUUUAUUAAACUUGCGUCUAAUUGUUGCUUUUUCGAUUUUGUAUUAAUAUCUUCGUUUUAAAUAAAGACAAUUUUCGUAUUUUUUUUUUUUUAAUUUUGAGUGAUCUUUAAAACAGUGACCAUGAAAGGAAUCACUCGAUUAUCCGUGUUACUUUUAGCUUGCAUCAACAUUCGAGCAAUGGAAUCUUCCGUAUUUAGUCGUGACAUUGAAAGGGGACGAAAUUUGUUUGUAGUGGCAAAUAAAAUGGACAAACUUCACGAGACUUAUGUAUAUGCAAAGUGUAGUAUUAUCAGCUAUUUUGGAAACGAUACUUCAACUAACUGUACGGUAACAUUUGAAACGCCACGCACCACGAACGAAUCGAGCAUCAAAUUUUGUGAUGUACAGUAUACCACUGACGAAGGUGUUGAGGAGUUUUUCACAUCACCCGUUAAGUUAUAUCUCCUAGAUAACAAGAGGGUCAUGUUGCAAAUACCGCUUACCACGCAUCAAGACAAUCAUCUCAUGAAAUACAAGUCGCUGUACAGUUUCAUCGACAUGAGCACAUGUGUUAACAAUAACCAUUAUGUUUUAUCGAAAAAUUCAUUGGUUCAAGUGCCAUUGGUGAAUCAAGACUCAGUCAAAUUCAUUUAUCACAACACCACGAUGUGCGGUAGCUUCAGCAAUUGUACGAUUAAAUUUGACUUUGAUGGCAACAGAAGAGAUGAUCCAGUUAAUUUUGAAGGCAACAUACACAGCUUAGAUCUGUCAGUAGCUGUACUGCAUAACAGUUUUUUCUACCUUAACCGUCCAUGGUACGAAUACAGCGAGUUUCAGACGCUAUUCCACGUCAAUCAUGCAGGUCGACAGAGGAACCUGACUCGCUUCUUGCCAGACAAGAAAUUGAUGCUCCAUAAAAAAGCAUCGAUAUCAUCCAGUAACAAUUUUUUCGGAUUGGGAUGGUCAGUAGACGCCAACAACAACGUAUUUUCAUUCUUUCAGUACAACGCGAAGGGAAAAGUAAAAUUGAAUACCACGUUGACGUUAACGAUUAAAAAAAAUUACACGUGUAGCGGAAUAUUGUGUUUCUUCUCUAUUGAGCCGCACAACACUCACAACGGCGCACUAGCCCGUAUUUAUAAUCUACCCGAAGGUGGGAUGCUCGUUUUCCUGGUAAAAUGUCCCACUAUGGAUUGCACUGGUUUUGAUGUUGUUAAAAUCAACAAGGACAGUAAGUUGGAAGACCAAACAGCAGCAGUAGAUGACAUUAUCAAUGAUUGUAAGUUACCGCCAUUUGAGGAUUUGUAUAUGGACUUUUCGGUGGAUGAUAAACAAUUUUGCAUCCACACUGUUUGUACCGUCGAGCGCAUAGCUCAGACAUUUUCUGUCGGUGAUUCUGUAAAGUUACGGAGUAGAUGCGUUCCCAGGGAAGGCAUUUUUUACUUUCCCGUGAAAAUUUGACUGUACGACUAUUUGAUUAGUUUUCUAGUCAAUGUAAAAAUAAAUAAGUUGUCUGUAUGCAAAUAGAA